ACCGUGUGGAGAGGACUCGAGCUUUUCCGCUUCAAGCCGGCAGGAUCGAGAGCAGGCCUCCGUCUGCAGCAACUGUACGCACCGUCAGCAAGCCUUUACAAGAGCAGAGCCAAACCUCCAUCAGGAUCGGACGAUGAGGAGCAGCGUGGGCCUGUGUGUGCUGGCCCUGAUGAGCCUCCACAGCUCAGUCUUUGGGCAGGAUGCAGUGGCGGACGAGAACGGCUUCCUGGUGUUCUGUGACGACCCGUCUGUAGUGAAGGCCGUCCACAGCGCUCUGCACAAGUUCAACGAGGGGUUGAGCGCCGGACACAAGCUGGCCCUCUUUCAGAUACUAAGAGGCAGCAAGUCAGAGAACGGCUCACACUCGGUGUACUCCCUGCAGUUCAGUGCCAGGAGGGCUGAUUGUCCAGCUACUAAUCUGCUUGCGAAAAAGAAGCCGAUUUUAUGCAAUGCCACUGCCUUAAUGUCAGAGACGGACGAGAACAUCACUCAGGUGGACUGCAUGCUUGAUGAAUACAUCGCUCCAGAGAGAGCUUCCUGCUUGGGUUGCCCGAAGGAGAUUGAUGUGAACUCAGAGGACCUUAAAUCUCCUGUUGCUGUCGCCGUCUCCAAGUAUAACUCCAUCUCUGACUCUCCUCACCUGUUCGCCCUGCACAGCAUCGGCUACGCCACCAGACAGGUGGUCGCAGGUUUCAGGUUCAAGCUGAGCUUCGAUAUGAGGAAGACCACCUGCGCCAAGGCCGAGCACAGUGACCUCAACGACCUGUGUGUCCCCGAUGAAGAGAAAAUGGAGUUUGCCCACUGUAACUCUACAGUGGAUGUAGCACCGUGGAGACUUGAGCCCCCCCAGGCCCACGUAGAGUGUGAACCAGGCCUGCUGCCCGUGUUCACCAAGCGCCGUCCUGCUGGCUGGUCUCCACUCAGGAACUUUCUGAUGGAAGUUCCCCCCACCACCUCACCGCCCCCAACCCCGGUUUUAACCAAAGAAGAAUCAUCUGAGGAGGACUCCACAGCAUCCAAACCGUCCGUCUCCCCUGCUGUGAAUGACAGGCCCUUCCACUGUCCGUCAGAGCCGUGGAAACCUAUCAAUCCAGAGCCUGCGGCUCCAACAGAAGCUGCCCCAGAGGCGUCAACAGGAGGGGUCUUCACUGAUACAGACCUGCUGGCAUAAAUUCUUCCUGAAGGGAGGCACAUUUAUAUUCAACAUAAUUUCACUUGUCAAGCUCUCCCAACAGAUGCUUUUUGCUUAUUUUGUAGACUAGUCCUCUAUUCUAUUGGGUUGCAUUGCAGGGUUUUUUCAGAGGGAACAUCUUGGGAGUCUUAUGCAGAUGUAAAAUUACAAUAAGAGUUAAGUUAAUAAAAAAAGCAGUUUAGGUGGAAGAAAAGGGAAAGCAACCCAUAGGUGAGGUCUGUAACUCCUCAGAAAAGCACUGGAAAAAAGGGCUGAAAUGAUGACAGAGCUCUAUACUGUUUUAUUAAUUGCAUCAUUAAAGUGCCCUCAGAGUCUAUUAUGAGAUACGUGAGAAAAGUACCUGACAUUGGAAAUCUGUCAAAGGUAAAAUCUAAAAGAAAAGAAAAAAAACUUUGUUCUGUGCGCUGGUUUCAUGUGUGAAUGUACAAUGUGACUCAUCAAUAAUUCCUUUCCA